AUGAUUUGGUGCUGUGAACGAAAACGACAUGGACAUUGCAAAGGCCGAUUGCAUACUAUCAACGAUCGUGUCGUUCAAACCAUUGGCAUCCACAAUCAUGAACCAAGAGCCGAAAUCGCCGAAUUGAUAACUGCAAGAACACAAAUGAGUCAAGAUGCAAAAACGUCGAGCAAAGCGACACAUGAUAUUAUUGCCGAUGGAGUUAGUCACUUAUCAAAUCAAGCAGUUGCAUCAUUGCCAGAUCUGCAAAAUCUGAAGAAGACAACUCGACGUAUUCGUCAAAAGGCUCAAAAUCCGUAUGCAUUGCCAGCGUCACGUGAUACAAUUAUUAUUCCACAUGACAUGACAAAAACAGUGGCGAAUAGAACAUUCCUUCAAAUUUUACCAAUGGUGGCUUUUUUUUUAGGUAAAUCAAAGAAAUUAUAUAAUGAAAUGUUCAAAUGGAUUAUUGAUAUGAAACCGAAUUUCGAUCCAGUUAAUGUGAAAUUGGACUUUGAACAAGCGGCUAUUCGCACCAUUCGAACGAAAUUUCCACAUGCCAAUAUUAGUGGAUGUUUUUUUCACCUGUGUCAGUCUGUCUAUCGAGCCGUCGAACGUUUCGGACUGAAAGCAGAUUAUUCUGCUGAUCCACUACUAGCUCAACAAAUUCGAGCUCUUCCUGCUCUGGCUUUGUUGAAUACGGACGACGUUAUCGAUACAUUUGAAGAAUUGAAACAGCAAUUUCCGAUCCAAGGGAAGCCUGUCUUGCAAUAUUUCGAAGAAACCUACAUCGGUGAACGCAAUCGAGAAGGUCGACCGCAGAAAAGGCCUCAAUUUGAUGUGAAACUUUGGAAUAUUCAUCAAAGUACUUUACAAGAUGGUCAUCGAACAAACAAUGUAGUCGAAGGAUGGAACAAUAGAUUUGCAUCGCUAGUUGAUUGUGCACAUCCGAACAUUUGGAAAUUUUUGAAAUCGUUGAAAAAAGAACAAUCAAUGGUCGAAGCUGAACUAAUUCAAGCUGAAGCCGGGGUCAGACGACCGAAACGUUUGGUCACCGAACGUCAACAAAAAAGAAUUUUGAAUAUUUUGAAUGAACAGUCGACAACAAAUUUGGAUAAAGUAACGUCAAUUGAAAAACAAGGCGAAUAUGAUAUUGCAUUAGCUUAUUAUCGUUUAACAAUUGAAUUAAGCCCAGAUCGAUUUGAUCUUUUAGUUCGUAGUUACAAAUAUAUUAGCCUUGUUUAUCUAGACAUUCAUUCCAUUUCAUAUGCUUUAGAAUAUCAAACAAAAGCAUUAGAAAUUCAACAAAAAAAAUUAAUGACUCGGCUUAAACUAAAUUAUGAUCGAGUUUUAGAUUAUCUUUUACAAGUAUUAAAUAUUUACAAAGAAUUACAUAUGUAUGAAGAUAUAUCUCGAUGUUGUGAUUCAAUUGGAGAAGUUUAUUUCAGACAGAAAAUAAAAGAUAUUGCUAUAAAUUAUCAUUUCGAAACAUUGAAAGUAAUCGAUGAACGAUUUCCUUCAUAUCUUCCAUAUCGUAUUGUUUCAUAUGAAUUUGUUGGAAAAAUAUAUCAAUCAAUGCGUGAUUAUGAACAAGCUUUGAAAUAUUAUAAUGAUGCAUUAAAUACAAAGCUUAAAUAUGAACCAUUAAAUGAUCCGACUAUUGUAGAGAGUUAUGAAUUUAUAGGUGGACUUUUUCAUCAAAACCAGGAGAUUGUGUCAAAGCAAUUGAAAUGUAUGAUAAGAGUAUAG